ACGGUUAUAUUUUAUGCGACAGCGCUAUAGAAGGCUUAUCGGAAUUUAUGCAUUUUCAAUAUAAAAUCGAACAAUAAAGCCAUAAUAAGAAAAAGGCACACGGGUAACGGCAAUGCAGUGAAAAAUGUAUUUGCUUUUUGUAUUCUUUGUUUUCUGCAUGAGAGUGGAUGGGAUUCCAAAGGAUUCGAGCGGCAGUGAAGACGUCACAGGCCUCGUGACGUCACUGAGGAAUGAUGCAAACUUAGACCUGUCUGAGGAUGAGGAAUAUGAGGAUCUACGUGCCGAGUUCCUGGCUUACCACUCCGCUCUAUCAUCGCUUGCUUCGUCACGACGAUCCCUGAUCAGCACACCGUGUUGGUCACAAGGAGGAAUUUGUAUCAAUUACAAGCUCUGUCCCCGGCAUCUACAUCUUACAGAAAUACCAGGCUGUAAGAACAGGCUAAAUGUUUGCUGUUUUGUAUGGAACCAAUAUGAAGUUCGAGAUAUGAGAGAUAAGGGGAUCCAUAACAUAGCGUUCCCCUGGAGCCCUAAACAUGAUUAUGGAGGUGAAGGAAUCAUUACUGUAACCAAGAAGAAACUUAAAAUGAAGAGAAAACCCACCACUGAAACAGCAAUUGUUUUUACUUUAUAAAAAAACAAAAUUUCAUUUCAUUUGCAAAUAGAUAAAUAUCUAAUAUAAAAUAUAAGCAAAAAACUAUAUUGAUGACG